AUGGCUGAACAUGAUUCAGAUUGGUAUAUUGGCUCAAGAAUUUCAAAUAAAGAAGAAACUUCUAGCGAUAGUGAUACGGAAUCAAGUAUAGAAAUUUUGAUAGGAGACAGGGAGCAUCAAAAGCAUGAAAGUUAUUCAUAUCAGAAUUAUUCUCGUUCACAAGGCGAAGUCGUGGAGUUUAUCAACGGUUCUAAUGCGCAAGACGAAGAUAUAAAAUUUGUAAAUAAUUCUUAUACACAGGAAAUCGUAGACGGUUCUGCUGUGCUUGGAGACAAAACAAGAAUCAUAAACUAUUCUGAUACACCAGCGCUCAUAAAAUCUCUUAAUAUUAACGAUUCUUCCCAAGAGAAUGGAAGUCUGACGUCAUCUUCGUCAGAAGAUAGCAGCGAUUCAAAUGAUGAAAUAAUAAUAGAUUGGAAAAGGAUUCAAGAUAGACAAAGGAAGAUUGAAUUACGUAAAAAGUUGUUGGCAAAUGAAGCUAGAAACAAGAAUGUCAACAGGUUGACCAGUGAUUUGUCAAUUGGAUCGUCUAAUAGUCAUUCAGCGACUAAUAAUCAAUUACCAGGGGACAGUAGAAACAGGUUUUGCUUUUCAGAAGAACAGUUUACUGAGACGCCUUCUAGUUCAAUGUGUCCGGUUAAACCUGUUCAAAGACUCUCUGUUCAUACGUUAAAGUUUAAAAAGUUUAAAGCUUCUACAAAGACAUUUGCACCACCUAAUUCUUAUGUUGAUGAUGGAUCGGCUUGGAUCCCAAAGGUCAAACGGAAGCGACUUCCAAUUGAGGCGCGAAGAGAUGAUAUCGUUAAUCUUAUCCGUGAAAAUAGAGUUGUCAUACUAAGUGGUAGUACAGGAUGUGGCAAGUCCACUCAAGUUCCUCAAUAUAUACUUGAUGAUUGUUUGCAACGAAAAGAACCUGUGAAUAUAAUUUGCACACAACCGCGUCGUAUUGCUGCUACUUCACUUGCGCAUCGUGUCGCUUCAGAACGCGUAACUAAACUUCAUGGACAGAUUGGAUUUCAUAUUGGUGGAAAAAGCGGUUAUUCUUCGGCAACGAGGUUAAGAUAUGUCACCACUGGAAUUCUUUUGGAAAUGCUUAAGUUAGAUCGAUUUUUGAAAUCAUAUACUCAUGUGAUUAUGGACGAGAUACACGAGCGUAAUGUAGAUGACGAUUUAAUGAUGGCUCACCUCUGUGUCAUCAUGAGACAAAAUCCAUCUUUAAAAUUAAUUAUUAUGUCGGCUACCAUGAAUGUCAAGAAAUUUAAGAGGUACUUCCAUGAGUUUGGAACUGAAAGGAGAAGAUUAUCCUCGGAGAUUCCUUGUAUAGAUGUACCUGUUAAAAACUUCCCAGUUGAUGUAUUCUACUUGGAAGAUAUUUGUCAGGAAUUGCGGGUUCCCAAUGCAUUCAGAAACUCGGCUUUGAGUGAACCCAGAAAACCUUCGAUGAUGCAAGAACGUCGAGAAUUGUUUUUAGAUUGGAUUUUUCAUUGUCACGCAACUUCCCCGGUUGAGGAGGCGUUCUUGGUUUUUCUUCCGGGAAUUUCUCUCAUUUCUGAAUUGGAGGAUCAAUUAAUGUUUCUCAAUGACCUUCAGAGAAGGGAGGCAGGUCGUAAAGGUGAAAUGCCUAAUCCUCAAGUUUCUAUCAUUAAACUCCACUCCACCGUCACCAUUGACGAACAAUGUUUAGCCAUGCAAUUACCUAGAAAAGGCUACCGAAAAAUUAUUUAUGCAACAAAUGUUGCCGAAAGUUCGAUCACAGUUCCAGACGUGAGAAUUAUAUUUGAUUCUUGUUUGCGAAAAGACGUUUUUUACGAUAAGACAUCACGGUGCUACAGUCUUAAUGAACAAUGGAUUAGCAAAGAUUGUGCUGAGCAACGGAGGGGAAGAGCUGGUAGAGUAGGACCUGGUAAGAUUUAUAGGCUCGUACCUAAAAGUUUCUAUAACCGUUUCUAUGAUGAGAGGACGCCGGAAAUAAAGAGGACACCAUUGAAUUCAUUAUUGCUACGAUGUAUUUAUGCCACCUUUGGUGAUCCACGGGAGCUUUUGUCGCACUGUAUCGAUCCACCUGAUGACACUGCUGUUGACUAUGCUUUAGAGGAUCUGGAAGCAACUGGUGCAGUCAUAAAGACAAAUGAGACCUUUAGGGAAUACGAUGAUCACGCUCAAGGAAAUAAGCCAUCCUACGAGUACGAGGUAACUCGACUUGGGGCUAUCUUAGCACAGUUACCGCUAGACCUACAUUCUGGAUUAUUGGUAGUUUACGGUGCUUUAUUUGGAGUUUUAUAUGAUGCCAUGAUUAUAGCAGCAAUUUUGCAAAACCGAGGUGUAAUAGUGCAACCCCAGGGUCAAGAGAUGGGUAUCAGUGCGGCAAUGAAAAGAUUUCACCUAAAUUUACCCAACAACUAUCCUUUACAAGGCGGUUCCGAUCUUAUAUCACAUCUUCGCGGAUAUUUAUUAUGGGAAGAAACUGUGCAAAAUGAUAAUACUUUUGAUCAAAAGAGUGAGUUGGCUUGGUGUCAACAACAAUUCAUCAGCUUGUAUUGGAUACGUGAAAUACAAGAUCUGGUGAUUACAAUUCAGGAGUCUUUGGCCUAUCAAAAUAUCUGCACACCACCAACAAAAGAAGACAGAGAUGAGAUACGUAGGAAUCGGAUAAAUAACCCUAGCAUUUAUGCUGAGGAUUCCUCAAUUGAAGACGAGCUGGAUAAUGAGCAGUACAAUGAUCAGUACAUUGAUCAAGCGAUUCGUAUUCUUGAUUUCACAAGAUAUAAUGUGAGCCCGGAUGAUCCACAUGAGGAUGACGUUGAAGAAAUUCCAUUUUCUAAUAGAAGUCGUACAUAUACCUGUUCGAAAAACAACGUACCUUUACAUCAAUUAAGUUUCAGCACAAAAAAACUUCUAAAUCCCUGGAUGAACGUUUUUGAUCGUGUCUACGAGGUUACAAGUAGACCAGUUCAGUUACGCCGGGAGCCUAACACUCCCUUACUAACGAUCCUGUUGAUUGCUGCAUUUCACCAAAAUUUGUUUCGUGUUACUCCGAGCACUGAUAAUCGCGUUUUCAAGGAUUGUCCAGAAGACUACAACCGACAGCAUACAAUAGAGUUUGUUGCACAAAUGCUUCCGCCAAAGCGUAUGCUAGUGGAUGCGCUCGAAAAAGACAUAGGGAUGGUACAGAAAGUGGUACAUCCCGAUACUGAUCCGUCGGAUCCCAUGGCUGACUAUGAAUAUUGUUAUGUUGAAUUUGUGAAGCCCGCUGUAUGCUUAUGGACCCAAUCACGGGAUCGGAAUAAACCCCCUAUACCCGAUGCUGUUUAUUUGGCACAGAAAUUAAGAAGUGUCAAAUAUGGAAUAUGGACUGACAACAUUACAUCAAAUGAUUCAGUCGCACAUGUUAUCGGUAGUUCGUCUUACGCUGAAGAGCUGAAAAAAUUACGUUUUUCUGGUAUAAACGGCUGCCCUGAAACAUCAUCUGCUCUUUCUCCAAUUUUCCGUUCCAAGUCAACUCGAGCCUUUCAAUCUAAGACUUCACUAUUUUUCCCAUUGAUUAUUGAUCCCGGCGAACACCAUUGUUACUCUAUAUGUGCUAGCAAAUUGCUUGCCGUAGAUAAUGGGAAAGCUCACGUUGCCGAACACAUUACGUGCCUAAUAGGCCCCCUGAAUGCUGCCAAUAAUGUGGGAGAAAUAAUUCUUUCUCUCUUUGCGAAUAAGGUGAUAGACCACCAAUCUUGGAAGGUACAUGUAAACAUGACGCAACAUCCACUCUUUGCUGAGGCACCUGCUGAAGUAGACAGGAGGUUAAUACAUUCAUUUAGGUAUUUUUUGAAGCAAGCAUUAUUUGAAAAAGAGCCUAAUGUGAAAAAACCCGGAUUUAAAUCAACAAGUAAUUUAACUCCGACUAAUCACAAAGAGAUGGUUGAUACUUGGAUGAGGUGUUGGGUAACACCUGAUGAAGCUGGAAAAUUCUUG